AUGGCGGCGAUUCCGACUGGUGGGGCCCUGAUCACAAGCCAGUGCUUCAACGUUGCGCAGGACCUGGUUCAGAGGGUUCUGAAGACGCAGAACUUCACACGCCAGACGCUCAUCAAAUUCCUCAAGAUCUUGCGAGAUGGCCAGCUGCACCUGCAGCGCACACAGACGUUUCUUGAAGGAGGCAAGGACGCAAAGGCUCGUGUCGAGGCUGACCCCGACCUCGAGAAGCUGUUCGAUUUGGUGCAGGGCCAUCGGACCAUCACUGUCUAUGCCAGCAAGCUGAACGAUGUCAGGGUCAACAUUCCGGACACCAGCAAUCCCGACGUGCCAUCUACGCAGACCAUUCCUGUGCCCUCCAUCGGCCAACUCCCCACAGAUGUCACAGACACGUUGUCGUUUGUUCUGGCUCAGACAGCAAACGAUGCCGAGUCGCUGGUUAAAACGAUCGGGGAUGACACCGCGGACUUGCACAUGCCAGAGACAUCUUGGAAGAAAACCUUGAAGAGCAAUUCCAGUCUGGACGAGGUGUACCGAACAGCCAAAGCCAACUUGGGUACCGUCAAGGGCUUGACCGUCCAGAAGCAUGUGUCGGAAGCUGAGAAGGUUCUCGACAAGGCGGACGAGCUCUCCAACGUCGUCGCCGAAUUGGUGGAUGAGGAUGAGGAUAAGGAUUCAGUGCUGCCGCACUGGACGCGUUUCGAGAAGGAGAUCGGCAUCUUGCGGACACACACCAACGCAGCGCGAGUGAUGAAGACCGAGGCUGUGUUGUGGCACAACUUGUGCAAUGUCCGUGUGAAGGACUCCGCCAAGAAGGUUGUGAAUGCCGAGCUGGCCUGUAUCGCGAAUGGCAAGCCGCACCAUGACCAGAUCCUCACACAGUUGUAUGAGGAGGCAAAGAAGUUCGGCUAA